AUGCAGCCAUUAAAUAUGGCUGAGAUAUUGGAUCACCGUGGAGUCUUGACCGACGGUGAUGAUGGUCCAUUUAGAAAUCUAACAAACUUCUAUGAUAUGUUUUCAAGCAACUUUCCUGAAGGUUUGCGAGUGUUAGUCUUCGAUGAAGAUCCAUCGUAUCUUCUGAUAUUGGAGAGACAUCUCCAAAAGUUUCAAUACCAAGUGACUAUAUGCAACGAAGUGAACAAAGCUAUGCAUACACUCCGCAACCAUAGGAAUAGGUUCGACCUCGCUAUGAUACAAGUAAAUAAUGCAGAAGGUGAUAUAUUCCGGUUUCUCUCGGAAAUCGGAUCGGAAAUGGAUCUUCCAAUCAUCAUAAUAUCUGAAGACGAUUCAGUGAAGUCGGUGAAGAAAUGGAUGAUUAACGGUGCUGCCGACUAUCUUAUAAAACCGAUAAGACCCGAAGAUCUACGGAUAGUAUUCAAACAUUUGGUAAAGAAGAUGAGAGAAAGGAGGAGUGUGGUGACCGGAGAGGCAGAGAAAGCAGCAGGUGAGAAAUCAUCCUCUGUCGGAGAUUCCACCAUAAGAAACCCUAACAAGAGUAAAAGAAGUAGUUGCCUUGAAGCAGAAGUCAACGAGGAGGAUCGUCAUGAUCAUAAUGAUCGUGCUUGUGCUUCUAGUGCCAAGAAAAGACGAGUCGUUUGGGACGAGGAGCUUCACCAAAACUUUCUCAACGCCGUGGAUUUUCUUGGACUCGAAAGAGCUGUUCCCAAAAAAAUAUUAGAUGUUAUGAAGGUUGAUUACAUCAGUCGAGAAAACGUAGCCAGUCAUCUUCAGGUAACGUUUCUUAUAUACAACAUAAUUGUUCAUUUUCAACAACAUUUUUGCUUUUAUUCUUGA